GGGAGCUAGUGAACCGGCCGUGCUCCUUGGGGUCGCAGUCUGAAAGGAAGGCUUCGUGCUCGGGCUGUCGCAAAUUCGGCAAAAACAGCUAAAAGGCCUCCAGUUUCUUCAGUUUCUAGUGCGACCUACAUCCAGUAGAGCCAGACAAGAUGAUGUCCGAAAAGAGAAAGAAGAUCGAAGCCAUGACCCGUGACCUGGAGCUCCCCAAUGAUGUAUUGCAAAAAGUAUCGGCCAAGCUUCUUGAUGAAUUCAACAAAGGUCUCGGAAAAGAAACUCACAAAUCGGCUGAAGUCAAAAUGUUCAUGACCUAUGUGAGGGACGUUCCCAACGGAUCAGAAAGUGGAACAUUCUUAGCCUUGGAUUUGGGGGGCACGAACUUCCGAGUUCUGCUCAUUGAUAUCGAUGGUGAUCGAUUCAGCAUGCAGAACGAAAUUUACGCUAUUCCUCAAGAAAUCAUGCUGGGAACUGGUGCUGAGUUGUUUGAACACAUAGCUGACUGCCUGUCCAAAUUUAUGGACAAGUACAAAGUCAAGGACAAGAAGCUUCCCUUGGGCUUUACAUUCAGCUUUCCCUGUCGGCAAGAGGGCCUCACAAAAGCCAGACUGGUUCAGUGGACCAAGGGCUUCAAAUGCAGUGGUGUUGAGAAUGAGGAUGUAGUGCUUCUGCUGAGAGAAGCAAUCAAGAAGCGGAGGGACAUCAAUAUUGAUGUUAUGGCAGUCGUCAAUGACACAACGGGAACUCUUAUGUCAUGUGCUCACAAAAACAAGCAAUGCAGACUUGGGCUCAUUGUUGGAACUGGAACAAACGCAUGUUACAUGGAGAAACUAGAAAAUGUGGAACUUUGGGAUGGAGAUCAAGAAGAACCUCGACAAGUCAUUAUCAACACAGAGUGGGGAGCGUUUGGUGACCAUGGCUCUUUGGAGUUUGUACGAACACGUUAUGACAGAGAAAUUGAUUCGGCUUCACUCAACCCUGGAAAGCAGUUGUUUGAGAAAAUGAUUUCUGGCAUGUACAUGGGGGAGCUUGUUCGUCGUGUCUUGGUACACCUUGCUGAGGAAAAUUUGAUGUUCAGCUCGAAGCUUUCUGAGAAAAUGAAGACCCCCUAUCUCUUCAAGACAAAGUACAUUUCUCAGAUUGAAAGUGACCCCCGAGGUGUCUAUGAAGAAGCCCACAGUGUAAUGGUGAAGAUGGAUAUGGUUGGCACGGAUGAAGACUGUGAGAGCCUUAAGCUCAUCUGUGCCCGUGUGUCAUCACGUGCUGCCCACCUGGUGUCUGCCGCUGUGGCCACCAUCCUAAACAAGAUGAAGCGGCCUCACACCACUGUGGGUGUUGAUGGCUCAGUGUACCGGUUCCACCCGAGAUUCCAUGCACUUAUGGAGGCAAAAAUUGCCGAACUUGCCAAUCCUCAGUAUAAGUUUGACCUGAUGCUUUCUGAAGAUGGAAGUGGUCGUGGUGCUGCCCUGGUUGCAGCUGUUGCUGUACGCACAAAGAAAGAGAAAUCUACCAAAAGCCCUUGAGACAACAACACUGAGCCUUCAUUGUGCUGCAGAGUCUGUUUGUUGUGAGACGCUAUUUAUUGGACACCGCAUUAAAAUUUGCCAAACUCUUCAGUCUUGCUGCAGGGCUUGAGGCUUUUCUUGCAAUCAGAAAUGACAGAGCAGGAAUUACAGCUAGAGGUACUCGUUUAAGCCUCUUGGCCUUCUUACGCACUUAAACUGUUUAGCAUGAGGGGGAGAAAACAGGAGCAUGCAAUGUAUGUGAUACAUGUAGAGAUUGGUUGCGAAAAAUAUGCAUGUUAGUGCCAUGUGUUGUAUGUGGUACUAUAAGCAGAGAAAUCAACAAUAAGCAAUCACAGGUGCCUUGUUUGGCUUAGGUGCUGGUUGCAUCCAAGAGUCCCUGUCCAAUUCUGCCAGUAAUAUUGCAGCUACUCUCAUGGAUGAUUACUGCCCUGUCAGCCCUGCACUUGGAAACAAAUAUUACUAUGGCACAUCUCAUGUUGACACCCAUGUCAUCACAUUCAAAUGCAAUCUCAUUGUCUGUUAGUGUAAAUUUUGCUGAUGGCACUUUGUGCCACAAUUUCUGGUGGUAGCUUAUGUUUUAGGACCAUCAUGGCACUACAGUUCUUAGCAGCAAAUCAUUUUUGAGUUCACUGGUGCAUUCUUCCGGUGCAUUUGAAAUGUCAGCGCAUUCUUCCAUGGGUAUGGGGGGAUGACUAGUCAAAGAAGCAUUUUACAAGCUGUAUUGUUUGUCUUAACUGUGGCACAUUGGUUUAAAAGGUGCUAUCAACUGCAGGAUGCCAUUUUUAAGCACUUGGUCUUUAAUGUUUAAUUUUAGUUCAUUUUAAGUACUUUGCCACUGGAUGUCUUGUCACUUGUACAGUUGAUUUUAAAGACUGCUGUCGUCAUGUGGUAAUCUCCUUGCAGUGUCCUGCACUUUGAUCUUCUUGUGAUAUUUUUUUUAUUGUGUGUAUGUAUGUGCAUGUGUGUGUGCUUCAUGUGUAGCUGUAGGGCUUCCAGUUGGCCCCUGGUUAGAAACGUUGGAAUUUGCAUAUUGCAGGACAUUCCAAGAACAGGUGUAAAGUAAACCAGUUUCGAUUUCAGAUACAACAUGUUCAUGUAACGCAGAUCCGUUAAUUUUAUGCAGUUGAACUGCCUGUGUUAAGGUAUGAGGAAGAUGAUGCUCCCCAGUCCUGUUAUGCACUUAAAUUACCUGUGUUGAAGUUUAUACAAAAUUUCACUCCCAAUAUUCAUUUUGCCAUUUCAUUUUGUUACAGUAAGUUUUAUUUUUUGCAUGAGAUCAGUAGUCUAUUAUGCGUGUUUUAUUGACUUGUGCCAAACUCAACGAUUAUGUGCAUCCAGUCUGUUUUUGAUGUUAUGGGUGCUGUUUAGUACUGCAUUUGUUUUGCACCACUUGUAAGGAGUAUAUAGUUCCAGGCACAUCAUAGCAUUUGUUUCUUUGUUUUAAGGCAACCUCUAUUAAGUGGUAUUACUGUUGCAUGAUGUUGACACACUAUUUCGUGAAAUCUUGCCAUUGUGGUGAGGGCCCUGGAUUUGCUCGUAGUUUGGCUUGUAAAUAGCAUUGUAGGUGAAAUCUGGUAGCCUGCUUAUUUAGUAAUUUUUAGGUUGAGAUCCCUUCUGCCUGUGCUUGCCUUUUCUUUGUAAAAAGUGGCUUUGCAAAAGGGUACUACUCUUAAAACGUGUGCAGAGAAACCACGUUUUGUUCUUGAGAUUUCAGGUUGCAUUAUGGAUACAAUUUUUUUAUUUGUUCUGUGAAAAAUAUUGAUUAGAGUGACCAGAAUCUUUCAAUAAAUAGAGUACAAAGAGUU